UUAAAUGACAUGGCGGGUGCCUAGGUUAUGACUUAAUUGUGUGUCACGUAAGAAAUGAUAACUGGGGCGUGAAGGCAGGCCAUUGGGAUUGUUAAAAAAUUAAAAUAUAUUUCAAAUGAUGGCGCAGGGUAGUGGAAUGGAAGACUUGAACUCGGUAGAUAAUGGAGAAGGCAGCUUCGACGAGGUGGAAAUGGCUUUGACGGGUAUCAACAUGAUGUUGAAUAAUGGAUUCGAUGAGGCGUCGGCAUUGUUUGACAAGUACAGAGAAGAGAGUCCGUUGAUGCAGGCUGGCUAUAGUUUUGUGUUUUUCAUGCAAGCUCUGAUGUCAUUUGAGGAGGACAAACUUGCUACAGCACAGAAAGUUCUACAAGAAACAGAAAAAUUUUGUGAUAUAUCUGAUGGAUUUGUUAAAUCUUUCAAGCGCAAGUUUUCAAAGAAAAAGAAAGCAGAAAAUGGCAUGAGUACAGAAGAAAAGAUUCAGCGUCAGGUGAUUGUGGCAGACUCCUUGCUGUACCAGGCAAUUCUGACGUUCACCAACCAGGAUAUUCCUAGUUACAUCAAGGGAGGUUGGUUCCUCCGCCGUGCAUGGAAAAUCUAUGAAAAACUCCACAAAGAGGUGACAGGUUUGCGAGAGAAAGCAUCUUUGAAAAAAAUUGGUGGCUUUGUAGGAACAUCUGUUGACAUCAGCAAGGGUGUGACUCCUCCUGCAACAGCCAAUCCUCAGUUGUACGCAGACUCCAACCACACAGUUGUAUCUGCACUGCAGCAUACUGAAUCCAGUGAACUCCAGAUUCAGCCUACUGAUAGAUUGAAUGGUGACCUGUCAGAAGAUGCAUUGGCCAGACUACUUGGAUCUGUGAACUUUGGUUAUGGGACCUUUCAGUUGAGCAUGUCUAUGGUGCCUCCAAAGAUUUUAAAGCUCAUUGAGUUUUUGGGUUUUGAAGGGGACCGAGAAGUGGGUCUUACCUGCCUUGACUACACAAGCCGAUCACGAGACAUGAAGGCACCUUUAGCCACACUUUCACUUCUGUGGUACCAUACAGUGUUGCGACCCUUUUUUGCACUGGACGGGGCCAAUCACUUCAAUGCAGGAACACAAGAAGCAGAAGCAAUCAUCAGAGACAAAGAAUCUGCAUUCCCCAAUUCUUCGUUGUUCUUGUUUUUUAGAGGACGAAUACACAGAUUAAGGAAAGAGAAUGACAAGGCCUAUGAAAUAUAUACACGAGCAAUGGAGGAGGCUAAAGGUCAGCGGGAGAUUGAACUAAUGUGCCUUUAUGAAAUAAGCUGGUACAGUCUAAUGAAGCUAAAUUGGGAGAGAUCGCUGGAGGGCUUUAUCCGGUUGCGAAAAGAAUCCAAGUGGUCCAAGUGUUACUACACUUACUUAGUGGCAGUGUGUCUGGGCUCCCAAGGAAAAAUCAAGGAAGCUCAUGAGACUUUCCAAGAAGUGCCAGGGCUGGUCAAGCGUAAAAAUAAUCAGAUAGAAAUAUUUUCUGCUCGCAGGGCAGAGAGGUACAUCAAGGUGGAACCAACAAAAGAGCACUGUCGUCUGCUGACACUGGAGUUGAUUUUCUUGUGGCAUGCACUGCCUACCUGCUCCAAGGAUGACCUCAAACCUUUGCUAGAAGUGUGUGAGAUGCAGACAGAUCCGAGUGUAUUCCAUCUAAAGUGUUUGCUGGAAGGGACUCUCUAUAAAGAACUUGGAGAUGAAGACAUGGCCAUUCAGUGUCUGAGAGAAGCUUUGGCUCGUCACCAAGGACGGAAGGAUGAUGGACAUGUUGCAGCCUUUGCCUUAUUCGAACUGGCCUCCAUAUACAUGACUAAGCCAGAGACGCUGUCUUUAGCAAAGGAAGAGCUGCAUUUGAUUAAGAACAAUUACAAAGAUUAUGACUUUGAGAACCGUCUGAGUGUGCGUGUCAACAAUGCCUUGAAGAAGUUAAAAGGUGCAUCAGCCUCAUCGUUGCAGUAAUUCUGAUGACCCCUGAGAAGAGUAGAUGUUUAGAGACAAAGCAAAUUGUGCUUGCUGUGGUUUUUUGGAAAACCAGCGUUUGUACCCAUGUAGAUUAGGUUUUAUAAAUGCACAUAUAGACAUUGACCACUCUUGAGUGGAGAUUUAGCUAGCUGUAAAUAGUUUUCCUUUUCGUUUGGAUUACAAGACAUUAACCUGCAUGUUUUAUUUGAGGUGUCCCAUGAACUAGAUGGCGAUAUAGAACAAAUAGUUUCACCUGCACACAUCAGAGUAGUCAGUUAAUUCACGAGUCAUGUUCUUCUGAGUGCCAGUAAAAUUAUUUGGCCCAAUUGAAGGUGUUAUGAUUUUAAGAAAAUAAGAUUGUAAAUUUUUGUCCUUAAGAUUCUUUUUAUUUAUGCUUGCAUGCAUAUGUAUAUAUGUAUUUGGGUGUGGGGGUAAGGAGGUGCAUACAUGUGUGCAAGCAUGUGCAUCAUGAUCUCAAUGAAUUUAUGUUCACUAAAAUGGCUUUUGUUUAUUUCAAACAAAAUUUGCAUGUAUUCAUGUAAAACUGUAAAGGAAAUUUUAAAAAUAGAAUAUUUUCUUCAGGAGAAUUCAGGACAAUUCUUUUUGUUACAUGCGAGUGCACAUUUUUUGGUGCUUGGAUGUGUAAAUGUAUAUAUUAUUUUGUGUGGUUUUUUUUGUGGGACCAAUAUAAGCACGUCUUCAAUGAGAAAAAAAUGCUACAAUAUUUGUUUUGUAUUGUGAGGGAGAGCAAAGGCUGCAGUGUUUAAUUGAAAAUACUUGUACUGAUAUGUAAGAUAAGAAUGUAGGAUGGAGGCUGAUGCUGCAUCUUAGUAUUCUUUACAGACAGUUUAAGGGAGCUUGAAGUCUGAGCUUAAUUGAUAGAGCUUGCCUUUUACAAGUAUUUUUAGUUACAAUUUCAGGUUGCAAAAGAAAUGUUUACUUAAAACAGUUUCUAAAACACAGCUCCUUGACAUCUGUUGUUAGCUGCUAUUUUCCAUACUCUUUCAUGAAUGAAAUCAAACUGACCUGAGUUCCUGGCAUAGUCUACCCAUUUGACUGAAAAAUGUGCCAAAUGAUGCUUGGAGACUGUUAGCAGUUUUGCUGACUGGCCAGACUGACCCUGUACAGCUGCAGAAAGGCAUAGCUUAUGAGAAGGAUUAAACAGAUUUUUCUGUGGUUGCAUCUUGCCUUUGAGAAAGCAUAGUGCUCAAAAGUUUGAAUGUAAGAAAUUCAACUUACUGUUUUUCAUCAUUUAGGCUCAAUUUGUUAGUUGACUGAAGGGUUCCUUUAAGAAAUCCAUAUCCUCUCGGAAAUAUUUUGUCAAGGCAUUUCUUGUAGUAAUAUAGAUGAUGAUUGACUUUGCAGUAUUUUGCUGUCUUGACCAUGUGUACCGUUUAUCAUAUAAGGACAUUCUGGUUAGAACCAGUCUAAUGGAGUUUAGGAUCAUAAGUUGUUGCUCACUUUUUUCAGCCCGCAAGUUUUUGUAUGUAUUCCUGAUUUUGUUAAAGUGGAACUUCGUCUGAUAUCCACACCAAAGACAAUACAUCAAGCUGUUUCAGAUGACAUUGACAGGUGAGAAGAAGGAAAAAUAAAUGAUUUAGGGGUUUUAGAUGUGAUAGGAGAGACAUGCAAAUAAUAUUAUGCCUUCAUGUUUUGUAUGUGGAAAAGCCUCAAUAGUCUUGAAACUUUUCUGCAUAUUAGAGAACUGCUUAGGCAAAUCAGAUGUAUGAAGUCACUUUAUCAAAAGGUAAUAUAGUACAAGUAUAUUUAUACAUGGGAUUAACAUCUUUUGCAUAAAAUGAAAUCAUUUUACUCAAGCUUUAGUAAAAUACAUUUUUAUUCUUUGCUGUUAAAGACUGGUAUGCAAAAAUAACUUUUAAUUGAAAGUUAUGUCACAAAUAAAAGAUGAUUGUUUUAGUAAGAGAUGAGUUUGUCAUCAAGACAUUAGAAAAUGAAUAUAUUGGAGAUGCUGGCAUACAAUUUUUAAAAAAAUAUGAAUUUAUAUAAUUAAAUCAUUUUUUGACAUGGAAAACAAAUUAUUUAUCUGUAUUCAGUAUAUAAGAUAAAAAUGAAAGCAAAUGUUUGUGUCCUUGGGAACCAUGACGUUCAACAAGAGGUGACUGGAUAGAGAUUUUGAUAGCAGUUACUAUGUGAUAUAAUGCACUUCAACUUUGUCGUGACUGUUGUGUGAGUCGGAGAAUAUAACCAAAGGCUUUUAAUAUAUGAAGAGACUUCCCAUGUUCAAAUUCCCACGGAGACAAAGUUUGUCAUUGUCAUUGUUACCUGUGAAAUGUUGAAGUGUUCCUUGUUUAAACAUAUGCAAGUUACAUGCAUUGCUUUAUCACAUAUCAUUUGUUUCAACUUCCAGUUUAAAUAUUCCUUCAUCAGUUAUUAGUAGUUUGGUUCUAUGUAAAACAGGUGUAUUGAUAUUGUUGAUUAUGUGCCUGGUUAGCAAUCGGUUCCAUAUUGGCAUGAAAUUGGGUCUGUGUUCACUGUCUACCCGUAUUGAGUAAUGUUUCUUAUAACCUCCCGUUCUCACAAUCAGCAUUACCAAAGUGCUUCUAUAAAUUCUAUUUGCAUAUUUUUAAAACAAAGUACAAUGUGUUUUCAAUGAAUUAAGAUAUUCUUAAUGUUUGGUAGACUGUGAUUCUUUUGAGCUUUCUUAAAUAUGUAACUAAGUCAUUUUCUGUGUACAUUUCACAAGUGAUAUUUUUGAUGCGUGUUCCAUGACAAGUGCUGCAACUUUAUAAUCUGUAGCUAAGUUUCAGCAUGAUUUAAACCCAAGAUGUUUCAUUUUUUAAAAAAAGCUGGUGAGAUAGUUUUCUAGUUGGACUCAGUUCAUAAAGUACGUGUAGUAUGUAAGUUAAUAAAAUUCAACAUACAUUAAAACUGGGAAAAACUAAAAACAUUGUCAUUACAUAAACAUCACAGGUUUUUAUUGUAUAUAGUGAUCUAGAACUGACUUGUUGACUUGCUGUGCUAAUCACCAUAUGAUUUUUCCACAUGAAGAAUAUGGAAAUACACUUUGUUUAAAUUUUUCACAUAAUUUCCAUGACUGGAUAUAUGUCUGUCAUGGUCCUCAUCAUUGCUGACAGCUUUCAUCCAAUUCUUUAUUUAAUCAAAGAAGAGAAGUAAAUAUUCCUUGGUUAUAACAUAUUACAACAUGGAUGGAACGAGACAACAUUCUUUGUAAAAAAUAUAUACUUCAUUGAACAAUUAUUUUUCAUUAUUGCUUGUAAAUCUGUUUUAAAGCAAAAACAAUAUAAUUUUCUAUCAUGGCUUUCAAAAUUUUUGGGGUGAUACACGAAAAAUUUUGAUUGUUUAAUAUGAGAUUAAAAAUGUAUUCGUUAUUUCUUCAGAAAUGGAUAAAGUUCUGGACAUGACCAUUAGCCAUUUGUGGACCAACAGGUGUACGUUAUCUCAUGAUGUAAAAUCUGCAAGUAAACUUCUACAGUUACUAUUAAUCUGCCUUUACUAUUCACAAGUCACAGAGAACUCCUUAGAAGUCUCUCCCAGAAUCUGGUGAGGAAAGAGACUUGAGACUAUUGAAAGAUGCUAAAAAACAAAAAUUCUAUGUUGCAACAUAUUUUAUUAAAAUUGGUGUGCAUAUUUUUUGUUGAAAAUGAUGGUUAAACUAGAGCACCAGUUCCAGUUUUAACAUCGUGUGGGUUUAUGGAUUUCUAAAGUUACAUCAGUUUUUUAAACCUUUCUGGUAUUUUUCUGCAACCAGGGCCAGGCAGAAGUGAUUUAAAAGUGUGGCAUAAUUUCAUUGAUCAAUAUUUGCACACACUAAGUAACCAGUUACAUUGAGAUUGAGAUGCAAAAUUUGAACAGUAUUAUAACAAAUCUUGUUAUAAAUGUUUUCAUUUUAUUGCAGAGGCAGCCAUGAGCUUACUAGAAAAUAAUAAAUUAUUGGGCAUUGUGUAGUAUGCUCAGUUACAUACAAAUUUUCAUUUCCUUUGCAUUGCAGACUGUUUUGUGUUGGGUGAAAAUGUUCUCUACCUGAUGUGAAAUCUAUUCUGUCUUCAGAGUUCUUGUUAUGGGAAAAGGCAAACUGAAGUAUUUUUAAGAGUCACAGCUUUCAGCACAUGCUGUUAACUUAUUAUUUAUUUCAGCAAGAAUUUUGCAUGUCUUGAAAUCCCUAGUUUGUUCACCAUAAUGAAACUUUUUUGCCCCAAAUUCUGAAGAUUGUCAAAAACAUCAUGUGAUUUAUUUUUAAUGACUGGCUUAGAAGGUAGAAUAAAUUUAGCGUCUUUUUCAUGAGCUGCUUUUGCGUAUCACUAAAUUGUGACAAAUUGAUCAUUAAAAAAAAUGAUUGUUGUAAAACUUCCACAAAUGUUUGUAGAAUUGGAAGCAGUGCCUGAUUUUUUUGGCAGUUUCCUGUUUAUACAGGGAUUUGAAUUCCCUGUAAAUACCAUCCACUUCACGAUGUUCAUGUGCAAAGGGCUUCCUGAAUGUUCAAGUUGCAAGCCAUAUCUGACCUACUCGUAUUGACGAAACCCAGCAUAUAUUUUUAUGCUUAGCACUGGUUGUCAUUUUAAAAACUGACAAUUACGCCGAGUUUGAGAUUAAAUAAUUAGCUACAACUGCUGUGAAAAUGUAAGGAGGUAACUGCAAGCUGCAGUUUGUUUCCAUAUUUUAUUCUGCGUAUUUUGACUUCCAUCUCUUUGAUGCUAAUGAGAAAGGAAAUUGUUGCCCAAGAACUGGUCCGACUCAAGAGGGAUCUGUUAGUUCUUUGGUGUAGGAAAAUAGACAAGCUAGUUGGUCAGUUUCUUCUGCUAUCAGGGACUGCAAGAUAUGAACCAUUUCAACUUUUUUUUUGCCUGUUUUGAUAAUGGCUAAAGUAUGGCUUUCAGCAAUGGAAAUCCUCACAAAUGAUGAUAUGUGUUUGGUGCAGGGGUGAGUGAUGAAGGAACCAUACGUAAGUUGUGUUAGGAGGAUUUGUGUUUUUGAUACAAUAAAUUUUUUGAGCAAUC